AUGGUUCUUCAAGUUGGUUCUCUGAAUCGGAGCACCCUGGAACCGUUCAAGACGUGGCAGCUUGAGAGGGUUGGAUGCGAAGACGAUAUCGACAUCAACAUUAGGCCCAAUCUGUUCUCAUCCUUGACACCGCGUCAAUGUUCUGAGCACCUAGGGGUCUGCUGCGCGGAAUCAGCACCAAAGUACGAGUCAAAAGAUGGAGGAAAACAUUUGAGGCAGUGCCUGGAGCUUCUUGCAACACAAUCAUCGAUCCAUAAUGCACCUUCGUCGAAUUUCCAGCACCAACCUUCUGCACAAGGAGGUUCUUCCUCUACCUCUCUUGAAACCAACGAGAAGCCCGGUUUUGAGUUCCCGAGGCAGUCGAGAUUUCUCAAGCUCGAGAAACGGCGAAGGGCAGACUCGGACGUCGACGGACCCCACACAUCCGCUCUCAGCUCCAAGAAGCGCCGCUUGAGGCUUCACCUCAUCACCAGCCGGCUAUCCCAGCCAUACUCACUCCCCGCGACGCACAUCAUCAGCCGCGACGGGGCGGCUUCCGGCGACAAGCGCUUCGUCAAGCUGGCCGCCGUGGCCACGUCUCCGGAUCCCGGAAAGCAGGGACUGAAUCGCGAGGGCUCGUUGAUGCUGCGUGCAGCCGUCUUGAAUAGGGUGCGGCUUCGCGUCCGGAGUGAGGCGGCGCAGCGGGGUGAUCAUGUGGUUGCCGUUGCGGCUGCCAAUGCUGCCGUGCUUCAUCAUGGACAGCAACUUGCCACGGGAGCGAGGUUCGUUGCGCCGUCGUCUGCACUUGCGAUGAGACAGCAGCAGCCCCCUCCAAGGGUGAUAUUGAUGAGACCUGGUGUGACCAACGGCGGCUCGGGCCAAGUUCCUGUUUCAGCUCAGGCGGAGAGGAGGCCUUCGCCGCCGAGGAUAUCGCAGUCCACCAGGACGAUACCCAAGUCACCAAAACUGCAUCCGACUAGGUCGCCGAAUCUGACGCCAUCGGAGACUAUGCUGGAUGAGAUGGAUGAUGACGGGACCCUGGCAUUUCCCUUGUCCGAUCACGACUGCCAGUAUGCCUGGGCUGAUGAAGAUGACCUGGAGGAUGUGUACUCCGAUUUUGGGGCCAUAUUCGGUGGGUCGAAUCAGACAGGAGACUGUGAGGAUGAUGGCUCAUAUGAGGAGUACCUCGAUGAGUUGGAUGGGAUAUCAUGGGUGGGCAGAUGA